AUGGCACAAGAACCGUUCACCGUGCGCUGGGGAAUUCUAGCCACAGGCGGAAUCGCGACCACCUUUGCCAAAGACCUCCUCACCAACCCAGCCACCCGCUCCGUCAACGAUGUGCGCCAUACUAUCGUCGCCGCCGCCUCCUCCUCGUCGGAAUCGCGUGCAGUCGAAUUCCUCAAGGACGUUGGUGCGCCCACAUCCGCAAAGGCCUAUGGCAGCUACCAUGCGCUAGCACAAGAUCCGAAUAUCGAUGUUGUCUACGUCGCAACCCCGCAUUCGCACCACUUCCAAAAUGCCAUGCUGUGUCUCACUGCUGGGAAGAACGUUCUCUGCGAGAAGGCCUUUACCGUCAACGCCGCACAAGCUCGGCUCCUCGUCGAAAAGGCAAAGGAGAAGGGCGUGUUCCUCAUGGAAGCCGUGUGGACGCGCUAUUUCCCUCUGAGCGUGAAGAUUCGGGAGCUGGUUACAUCGGGGAAGAUAGGCACUGUCGUGAAGGUCAACGCCGACUUGUGCAUAAAUGGGUCUACGGAUGACGCUGAGAAGCUGUCCUUCAGCGAUAAGCAUCGCGCGGUGAACAUGGACCUGGCCGGCGGGGCGCUGCUUGAUCUUGGGAUUUAUACCUUGACCUGGGUUUUCCAGAUCUUGUACCUGUGCCAAAAAGCUCCCGCCGAUGGAUCCGGAAAGGAGAAGCCGAAGAUUCUUGCUGCGAUCGAUAAAUACCACACGGGUGCCGACGCGUUGACGAGUAUUAUCUGCCACUGGCCGAAGCAGAGGACGAUGGGCAUUGCGACCUCCUCGUGGAGAGUAGCGACCACGCCGGAUGGAGAAGGAAGUCCAGCUGCCGGCCCUGCCUGUAGGAUCCAGGGCACAAAGGGAGAAAUUCAAGUGUUUGGCCCUCUGUAUAGACCUACUAUGUACAGGGUUAUCAUGUUCGGCGGAGAGAGGGGAGUAGUUGAGGAGGUCGAGUGUCCGAUUCCAAAGGAUCCCAAAAUCCCCGGCGUUAAAGGGGAGGAAGAGUUGGGCUGGGGACAUGGCAUGUUUUGGGAGGCCGAUGAAGUGGCGAGGUGUUUGAGAGAUGGGAAGAAGCAGAGUGAUCUGUUGACCUGGGAGGAGAGUAUAGUGAUUAUGGACGCUAUGGAUGAGGUUCGGAAGCAAGGAGAUCUGGUUUAUCCACAGGAGAUUGAGAGCGAUGUAUAUGAUGAGAAGAGCCCUCUGAAUGGGAGUUCUUAG